CCCGGGCGCCUCAUCACGGACCCCUGCAGCGGCCGCACCUACUUCAAAGGCCGCCUGUUGGGCAAGGGGGGCUUCGCCCGCUGCUACGAGGCCACUGACACGGAGACUGGCAGCGCCUACGCGGUCAAAGUCAUCCCCCAGAGCCGCGUCGCCAAGCCGCAUCAACGCGAGAAGAUCCUAAACGAGAUCGAACUGCACCGAGAUCUACAGCACCGCCACAUUGUGCGUUUCUCACACCACUUUGAGGACGCGGACAACAUUUACAUUUUCCUGGAGCUCUGCAGCCGGAAGUCGCUGGCUCACAUCUGGAAAGCCCGGUAUACCCUGUUGGAGCCCGAAGUGCGCUACUACCUGCGGCAGAUUCUUUCGGGGCUCAAGUACCUGCACCUGCGGGGCAUCUUGCAUCGGGAUCUCAAGCUGGGGAAUUUUUUCAUCACGGAAGACAUGAAGCUGAAGAUAGGCGAUUUUGGCCUGGCAGCCCAGUUGGAGCCCCCGGAGCAGAGGAAAAAGACCAUCUGCGGCACCCCCAAUUACGUGGCACCAGAAGUGCUGCUGAGACAGGGCCAUGGCCCUGAGGCUGACGUGUGGUCGCUGGGCUGUGUCAUGUACACGCUGCUGUGUGGGAGCCCCCCCUUUGAAACAGCUGACCUGAAGGAGACAUACCGCUGCAUCAAGCAGGUUCACUACACGCUGCCUGCCAGCCUCUCACAGCCUGCCCGGCAGCUCCUGGCCGCCAUCCUACGGGCCUCGCCCCGAGAUCGCCCCUCGAUUGACCAGAUUCUGCGCCAUGACUUCUUUACCAAGGGCUACACCCCUGACCAGCUUCCUGCCAGUAGCUGCAUGACAGUCCCCGACCUGACACCCCCCAACCCGGCUAGGAGUCUCUUUGCCAAAGUUACCAAGAGCCUCUUUGAAAGGAAAAAGAAGAGUAAGAACCGUUCUGAGGAGCGGGAUGAGCUCCCCUGUUUGGUGAGCAGCCUCAUGCGGACAUCUAUCGGCCAUCAGGAUGCCAGGCCAGAGGCUCCAGCAGCUUCUGGUCCGGUCCCUGUCAGCCUGGUAGAGACAGCACCUGAAGACAGCUCCCCCAGGGGGACACUGGCGAGCAGUGGAGAUGGGUUUGAAGAAGGUCUGACUGUAGCCACCGUGGUGGAGUCAGCCUUCUGUGCUCUGAGAAACUGCGUGGCCUUCAUGCCUCCAGCGGAACGGAACCCGGCUCCCUUGGCACAGCCAGAGCCUCUGGUGUGGGUCAUCAAAUGGGUCAAUCACUCCAAGUUUGGCUUUGGGUAUCAACUGUCUAGCCAGCGUGUGGCUGUGCUCUUCAAUGAUGGCACACACAUGGCCCUGUCGGCCAACAAAAAGACUGUGCACUACAACCCCACCAGCACCAAGCACUUCUCCUUCUCGGUGGGCGCUGUGCCCCGGGCACUGCAGCCUCAGCUGGGCAUCCUGCGGUAUUUUGCCACCUAUAUGGAACAGAACCUUAUGAAGGGUAGAGAUCUGCCCAGUGUGGAAGAGGUAGAGGGGCCCACCCCCCCAUUGCUGCUACAGUGGGCCAAGACCGACCAGGCCCUCCUCAUGCUGUUCAGUGAUGGCACAGUCCAGGUGAACUUCUAUGGGGACCACACCAAGCUGAUCCUCACUGGCUGGGAGCCUCUCCUGGUGACGUUUGUAGCACGCAAUCGAAGUGCUUGCACUUACCUGGCUUCCCACCUUCGGCAGCUGGGCUGCUCCCCGGAUCUCCGGCAGCGACUUCACUAUGCGCUGCGUCUGCUCCAGGACCGCGGGCCCGCCUAGGGCCCAACCUGCAGAGCAGGCCCGGACCUAUGCCUUUAUGGCCCUCUUCCUCCCUCUGGGUGCCUCACUGGGGGCUCUGGGCUGUAUCCCUCAGGGACUCAGGGACCAGCUUUACUGGGGUUAAUGGCUGCCAGUCGUUGCGGCUGCCUACCCCUCCUCCAAAAUAAGCCUGAGCCUUAGCUCCCAGCUAGGGGGCAUUAUUUAUGGACCACUUUUAUUUAUUGACAGACAUUUAUUUAUUUGGAUGUGAGCCCCCGGGAGAGCCUCCUCCUGGGAUAAUAAACCGUUUUUGCAGAA